AUGCUUCGUUUGUCACAUUCCAUUAAACGUCGUGUGCCCUUGUACAAAGCAAGUGGUAAUCGCUUUCUCGUGUCUGCACGUGACAAAGUAGAUCGUCGUCACGUUCCACGUUUCGAGACACCUGCUGUGCUUGAAUUUGAAGACGGAUCACGCUUCCAUGGCGUCUCAUUCGGUGCCAAAAAGUCUAUGGCUGGUGAAAUAGUUUUUACUACGGGUAUGGUUGGCUACCCUGAAGCACUAACAGACCCGUCAUUCAAAGGCCAGAUCUUGAAUAUGACUUUCCCAAUGAUUGGCAAUUAUGGUGUACCUGAUACAAAAGCACUGGAUCAAUUUGGUCUCAAUAAGAACAUCGAGUCGGAUCGUAUCCAUGCUGCUGGUAUGAUUGUGCAGGAUUAUUCGAGUCAUUACAGUCAUUGGAAUGCUGCCCAAUCACUCUCCGAGUGGCUUGAGAGUGAGGGGAUUCCCGGUAUUGCUGGCAUUGAUACCCGUGCCAUUACUAAAAAAAUUCGUGCACAUGGAGCUAUGGCUGGUCGCAUUAUUGUCGAAGGUAGUGCUCCACCCGAACUCGUUGAUGUGAAUGAAAACAAUCUCGCUGCUCUUGUGUCAACAAAAGAGGUCAUUACGUAUGGCAAAGGCAACCCAAUCAAGAUCUUGGCCGUGGACUGUGGAAUCAAGUACAAUAUCAUCCGUGAACUUGUCAAGCGCGGUGCAGAAGUCAAGCGCGUACCGUGGAACCACGAUAUCUCGUCUGAGAUUAACUGGUACGACGGUCUCUUCAUUUCUAAUGGUCCAGGUGAUCCGGCUAUUAUGAAAGAGACCACUGCACAACUUCAGAAGGCUUUGGCUCUUCAAGGCGACAAUGUUAAGCCGAUUUUUGGGAUCUGUCUGGGUAACCAGCUGCUUAGUCUUGCAGCUGGCGCCAAGACCUAUAAGCUUCCAUUCGGCAACCGUGGGCAAAACCAGCCUGUGUAUAACUUAAAGACCGGUCAGAGCUAUAUCACUGCGCAGAAUCAUGGUUACGCAGUGGAUGGCAAGACGCUGCCUAGUGAAUGGGAAGAGCUCUUUGUGAACCUCAACGAUGGCACCAAUGAAGGUAUCAUUCACAAGUCCAGACCGUAUUUCACGGCACAGUUCCACCCAGAGCACGCUGGUGGUCCCACGGAUACUGAGUUCCUGUUUGACACAUUCCUUGAUGCCGUGCGUACGAAGGAGACAGGACCGAUCCAGAGUCUAGUGCAGCGUCCAAAUAUUGAGCGCCCCAAGGUGAAGAAGGUGCUGGUGCUCGGAUCAGGUGGUCUGUCUAUUGGCCAGGCCGGUGAGUUUGAUUACUCUGGUUCGCAGGCAAUUAAGGCUCUAAAGGAGGAGGACAUUGAAACGAUCCUGAUCAACCCCAACAUUGCCUCCGUGCAGACAAAUAUUGACCGCUCCAGCGAGGGCCAGGCUAGCAACGUUUACUACCUGCCAGUAAACCCUGAUUUCGUGGAACAGGUUAUCAAGCGCGAACGCCCUGACGGUAUCCUUAUCUCGAUGGGUGGCCAGACUGCAUUGAACUGUGGCGUGGAGCUCGAGAAGCGUGGAGUAUUCGAAAAGUACGGCGUGCAGGUCCUUGGUACACAAAUUGAUGUAAUAAACUACACGGAAGACCGUGAGCUGUUCAACGACAAGCUUGCGGAGAUCAAUGAGUCCAUUGCUCAAAGUGAGGCUGUGGGAUCAGUAGACGAUGCGGUAAAGGCUGCAUACAAUAUUGGUUUUCCGGUGAUGAUUCGUUCAGCGUUUGCGCUUGGCGGUCUGGGGUCAGGCAUUUGUGAAGAUGAGGCUCACUUGCGCCAGAUGGCACAGCAGGCUUUCUCUGGUAGCCCUCAGAUUCUGGUCGAGCGCUCGAUGAAGGGCUGGAAGGAAGUCGAGUAUGAGGUCGUACGGGAUGUCGCUAACAAUUGUUUGACAGUGUGCAACAUGGAAAACUUCGACCCUCUGGGUAUUCACACGGGUGAGUCGAUUGUUAUCGCGCCUUCGCAGACGUUGUCGGACCGCGAGUAUCACAUGCUGCGUGAGACUGCUUUGAAGGUGGUGCGACACCUUGGCAUUGUUGGUGAGUGCAACAUUCAGUACGCACUCAACCCCGAAUCGGAGGAGUACUGCAUUAUCGAGGUAAACGCACGUUUGUCGCGUUCGAGUGCUCUGGCGUCAAAGGCAACAGGAUAUCCGCUUGCUUUCGUAGCUGCUAAGCUUGCUCUGGGCAUUAACCUGCCGGACCUGAAGAACUCGGUGACCAAGAGUACAACUGCUUGCUUUGAGCCUUCGCUUGACUACUGCGUUGCCAAGAUGCCGCGUUGGGAUUUGGCCAAGUUUGAAAACGUCAGCACCGAGAUUGGCUCGUCAAUGAAGAGUGUCGGUGAGGUGAUGUCAAUUGCUCGCACUUUUGAGGAAGCAAUUCAGAAGGCGUUGCGUAUGGUAGAACCUUCCAAUGAAGGCUUUGAGCCACGUUACGACGAGUUAUCACACGAGGAGCUUGUUAAGGCUUUGGGCAAGCCUACAGACCGUCGUAUUUACCAAAUCGCGCAGACAUUAAAGACUGGUCAGCUGUCCAUUGAGCAGGUGCACGAAAUCACCAAGAUUGACACUUGGUUCCUAAGCCGUCUGCAAGCCAUUUGCGACUGUGAUGUGAAUCUUACUGGCAAGAAGCUGAACGAUCUGAGCGGUUCCGAGAUUGCUGAGGCGAAGAAGCUCGGUUUUUCGGACCGUCAGCUUGCUCGCAUGUUCAGCUGCACUGACGAUGAGGUGCGUGCUAAGCGAAAGGAGCUUGGUAUCGUACCAGCGGUGAAGCAGAUCGACACGCUUGCUGCAGAGUAUCCGGCUCAGACCAACUACCUGUACAUGACGUACAAUGGUACGGAACACGACGUGCCUGCACAGGACCCGAACGACGGCGUGAUGGUGCUGGGCAGCGGCGCCUACCGAAUUGGUAGCUCUGUCGAGUUUGACUGGUGCGCUGUGAGCUGCAUUCGUACCUUGCGCAAGUUAGGUCACCGCGCGGUGAUGCUUAACUACAACCCCGAGACCGUGAGCACGGACUAUGACGAAUGCGAUCAGCUGUACUUCGAAGAGCUGUCGAAGGAACGUGUGAUGGACGUGAACGAUCGCGAGAGCGUUCGAGGCGUCGUAGUAUCUGUGGGUGGACAAAUCCCAAACAACCUUGCGCUUCCUCUGCACAAGGCUGGUGUGAAGAUUUUGGGCACGCAUCCGACGAUGAUUGACAGUGCUGAAGACCGUUACAAGUUCUCAAAGUUGAUGGACAAGGCUGGUGUGCCUCAGCCGGCGUGGAAGGAGCUGACUAGCCACGCUGAAGCUCGCGAGUUCGCGGAGCGCGUGGGCUACCCCGUGCUGGUGCGCCCAUCGUACGUACUGAGUGGCGCUGCCAUGAAUGUUGCGUACAACUUUGACGAGCUGGAUGAUGUGCUGAACCAGGCCGUUGCUGUGUCUGCGGAUCAUCCCGUCGUAAUCACGAAGUUCGUUGAGGGCGCCAAAGAGCUGGAGCUGGACGCUGUGGCCAAGGAUGGCAAGGUGAUCGCUGCUGCAAUUUCGGAGCAUGUGGAGAAUGCUGGUGUACACAGUGGCGACGCCACGCUGGUGCUGCCACCUGUAGAGGCGAGUUCUUUCUACAUGAACCAGAUUAAGCGUAACGCCGAGAAAAUUGCGAAGGCGCUGAACAUAUCGGGUCCGUUCAACGCUCAGUUCCUGGCCAAGGGUGCUGACGUGAGCGUAAUUGAAUGCAACCUGCGUGCCUCACGUUCGUUCCCAUUCGUGUCAAAGACGACUGGCGCGGACUUCAUCAACGCUGCCACCAAGGUGAUGGUCGGUGAGUCGACGGAGAACGACAACCUGCCUCCUCUUGACGGCCCUAAGCGUCCGGAGGGCUUCGUCGGCAUUAAGUCGCCGAUGUUCUCGUACACGCGCCUUGGGGGUGCUGACCCGCUGCUCGGUGUCGAGAUGGCUUCGACAGGCGAGGUGGCUUGUUUCGGCAAGAAUCGUCACGAAGCAUUCUUGAAGGCGUUGAUCUCGUCGAACUUUAAGUUGCCGGAGAAGAAUAUCUUGCUGUCUAUGCAGGACAAGUUCUCCGAGGAAUUCGUGCACGCUGCCUACCAGAUGCACGAGCUAGGCUACAGCCUGUUUACAACGGAGAAGACGCACGCGUACCUAAAGAAAUACGACAUUCCGUCGACAAAGGUAGACUUCCCAUCUGACGGCGAUAGCGAGAUUAACGCGCUGAACCUGAUUAAGGAUGGCAAGAUUGAUCUGGUGGUGAACCUGCCCAACAGCGAAAGCCAGCAGAUGGAGAACAAUUACCGUAUUCGUCGUACGGCAGUGGACUUUUCCAUCCCGCUGCUGACGAACAUCAGCCUGGUACAGCUCUUCGUGGAAGCCAUGGCUGUCCACAAGAACCAGCCGCUGCUUGGCCUUGAGCCAGAUAGUCUCUUCGACUACUACGAGCGCGAGAAGGAGGAGGACGUGUGGACUGACGUGCACGAGUUCCACUAA